AUGCAUCUACAGACGAGUUCGGGUAAAGAGGAUGGGUCUCAAGGCGAGAUCACCAAGUUGAAAGUAGCAAACCCCUUACAUUAUUUUCCAACCAACAUUUUUGACGUAGCCGGUUCGCUCCAACAUCUCGAUCUUUCGGGGACAGGACUAUCCAGCUUACCAGAAGACUUUGGUCGCCUAAAGAAGCUCAAGAUAGCAUUCUUCUCCGACUGUAACUUCACUGUCUUUCCUAAACAGUUAGAAUUAUGUCCCGAGCUCGAGAUGGUCGCUUUUCGCGGUAACCAGAUGACCACUGUACCGGAGGAUUCUUUGCCUCCGAAACUUCGUUGGUUGAUCUUGACCAACAAUCGGAUAAGCUCCUUACCUAAAAGCAUCGGGCGGUGUGGACGCCUUCAAAAAUGUAUGCUGGCGGGAAACCAGCUGCGUUGCCUGCCGGACGAGAUGGUCGCAUGUAGGAAGCUCGGCCUAUUAAGACUCUCUGCCAAUCGCAUUCAAGAACUUCCAAAUUGGCUCUUCGACUUACCCGAGCUGGCUUUCCUCUCAUUUGCUGGUAAUCCGUGUUGCUCGUUAACCGCGACAUCAAAGGAUGUUCGUGACACCACUCCUUUCAGCUCUCUUCCCGAGGUCAGCUGGACAGAUCUUCAUGUUCACAACCUUCUGGGUGAGGGUGCUUCGGGAAUUAUCUCAAAGGGAUUAUGGAACUUAUGGAACGGAACUGAUCAGGCUCGAGAAGUAGCUAUCAAAUUAUUCAAGGGAGAUGUUACAAGCGAUGGAACUCCUGCCGAUGAGAUGCUGGCGUGCAUCACAGCGGGAUCCCACGCUAAUCUCAUAGAUCCUCUGGGGAAAAUUACUGAUCACCCCGAUAAGGAAGGGCUUGUCAUGCAACUUGUCACAACGCAAUACGGAACCCUAGGACUCCCGCCGUCCUUGCAGAGUUGUACAAGGGACUGUUUCUCGCAGGAGAUCAGUUUAACCACACGGCAGGGCUUGCGAAUCCUUCAGGGAGUCGCUGCCGCAGCGGAACACCUGCACGACCGAGGCGUCGCACACGGUGAUAUAUACGCCCAUAACGUGCUUUACGACGAAAGGGGGCACGCGCUCUUGGGCGACUUCGGCGCAGCAUCUAUCUACGGCAAUUUAAACCACAAGAAAAUCGAGCAGGUCGAAGCGCUCGCCUUCGCCCACCUGAUCGAAGACGUUUGGCGAAUCAUCAGGCCCAACUUCGACGAACAAGAAUUGCGAGUCGGUGUGCUGCUCGCGGCUCUGCAUCGUGAAUGUUCGGAUCCAACCGGAGUCAAGCGGCCAAAUUUUAGUGAGAUCACCCGGCAGUUAAGUGCCAUAAAUCAACAGCUGGCAGCUGCUACAGUAUGA